GGGCUUGCUCUGCGACGAUGUUUUCGGGUCCAUCAGAAUAGAUCAAUACCAAUUGAGCCGCUGGUUUAAACGACCUCCUCUCAUCUAAACAAUUUUAAUUUUCUUUCCACGGUUAUCUAUUGUCAGCUUUGAGCUCUCCAGUCAAGGACCAUCGCGAUCAUGUCGGGAGAGAAGCGCCCUGCCCAGAUGGCUUUCGGGACGACGAGUCAGCUCGUCGUGAAGCGAAAGAAGUCGGACGGCGAUCUCAAUGCCAGUACAGCUGUUGUGAAAGGCUCAUCUUCUCAGAAUGGAGCUCUUGUGCAAGCAGUUCCCCGCACCAGCGGGCUUGAUGCCCCAAUUAUGGAACUUACAGGUCACUCCGGUGAAAUCUUCACGGUCCGAUUCGACCCUACCGCGCAGCAUAUUGCCUCCGGCUCUAUGGACCGCUCAAUUAUGUUGUGGAAUACCUAUGGACAAUGCGAAAACUACGGCGUGCUAUCAGGUCAUCGAGGAGCAGUUCUUGACCUCCAAUGGUCUCGAGACUCGCGAGCGAUAUUCUCCGCGUCAGCCGACAUGACGCUUGCAAGCUGGGAUCUGGAAACUGGGCAAAGAAUACGUCGUCAUAUCGGUCACGAGGAAAUCGUCAAUUGUCUCGAUAUCAGCAAAAGAGGGCAGGAACUUUUGGUCAGCGGGAGCGAUGACGGCUGUAUUGGAAUUUGGGACCCCCGGCAAAAGGACGCCCUCGAAUACCUUGAAACAGAUCUGCCCAUCACCGCAGUUGCUCUGUCAGAGGCAGGAAAUGAGAUAUAUAGCGGUGGUAUCGACAAUACUAUUCACGUCUGGGACCUGCGGAAGAAAUCCGUGGUGUACUCUAUGGUCGGACACACAGACACUAUUACUUCGCUACAGGUAUCGCCAGACUCGCAAUCGCUUCUAUCCAACUCUCACGACUCGACAGUGCGCACCUGGGACAUCCGGCCAUUUGCACCUGCCAAUCGACACAUAAGAACAUAUGACGGUGCUCCCAUCGGACUGGAGAAGAAUCUCAUCCGAGCAAGCUGGGAUCCGACAGGUGGGAAGAUUGCGACAGGAAGCGGUGACCGGAGUGUCGUCGUCUGGGAUUUCAAGACCGGGAAGCUUUUGUACAAGCUUCCUGGCCACAAGGGCACGGUCAAUGACGUACGCUUUUCGCCUAACAAUGAACCAGUUAUUGUUUCCGGUUCCUCUGAUCGAAACCUCAUGCUCGGUGAACUUGGGAAGUGACCACAUCAUCAUACUCAUGGCUAAGAAACUGAACUCUACAUGCUUGUUGACCCAGCGACUCAUUGGAAUAUCGUACAAGACUUUCUUCGCCUUUAUAUCAAAGCAAACGGGGGGCUCUUCACCCCAAGUCGUCUGCGAAACUGAACACGGUGCGACCACCGCGGCAUCACUGCUUCAUGAAAAUGUGAUGCGCAGAUGGCAUAGCAUAUGAUAGUGGCCGGCCGUCGAUACCACGGAAUGUUCAUUGCAUAUAUUUUGCAUUGCAAUAUAAAAAAUUCGCGCUCUUCUGGUCACUGGCCAUGAGUUCUUAGGGCCGGGGUUACACAUAGCAAUAUUACCAUAAUUGUAUCCAAAUAUUACGAAUUUCAGGGCUUAUCAAGUCAUUAUCAACCCG